UAUCUCGACUAACUUCAAGUCUCAUCUAAACCUUCCUUAUCCUACCUUCUCGAACCUUCUCUAGGGUUAAUGCUCUCUAUAUAUUUCAGCGACGCUAGGAUUCUGUCUUCCAUCCCUCAUCAAUUGUCACAAAUCCAUCUUCUGCUUACUAUUCACAAUGGCCAUCAAUAAUGCUCAACUGCAUCCUGCUGCGGUUUUCAACAAGAAAGGUUUCAGCAAUGUUGCAGCCUACUCUAGAUAUCUCCGUAGGUUCAGAGAUCGUCCCAUCUAUUCUUCAUUCACCAUUCAACCUUCUGGUUUUUCAAAAUAUGACAUGAACAUUCCCUCUCUUCUUGAUGGUAUUGGUUGGGGUUCAUUGGUUGAAAACAUGCGCUUUAGCUACUGUCCUGAGGCAGUCCGCAUGUUUUAUGUCAACAUCACUCGAGGUCCUGGAUGUGAUCCAUCUUUUUUCAAAACCAUCGUGUUUAAUUAUGAGAUCAUAGUGACUCCUGAAAUCCUGGCCACGACUCUCAAUCUCCCUCACUCGGGACUUCGAGCGGGCACGAAUGGUGAGUUUGUUGCUCGAGGAUUCCACUUUGAUGCUGCUCUGACUCGUUACACUCGUGACAUUGGUUAGUUCUUUCCCUCUCCUCUCGCGGCUGGUCGUCUUCCUGACGAUCUAAAGGUACUACACUUUUUCAUCACUAGGUUCUUCUUGUCUCGUGAUCUCUCUAGCACUGAUCUCCUUCACUCUUCAGAUCUUUGGAUCUUAUCUAAUUCCAAAGAGGCUCAAUUCAUCAGCUAUGCCUCACUGAUGUUUCAUCACAUGAUUAAGUUUGGCCUUCGAUACUUCAGUGGUCCUCUGCCUUUUGGCCCCCAAAUCACCAAACUUCUUUAUUUCCUAGGUAUUGACUUGCGCGACAAGGUCACACUCUGCAAUGUCUUGGAUGAUCUGCGACUACAUCAUGUUUUGGCCAAGUUAGAUGCUGAGGUUGGCCCCCGUAAGCCCGUCAAUGGCUCAGGAGAAGUCAUGAUCAUUCCUAAGUCGUACGCGACUGGUCAACUUGUGAAUGCUCUUGUUGAUGUAGAUGUGUCAGUAAUCAAGCGAGAAUAUUCGA